AGUGAGUUGUUUUUCUGUGCAGGAAUAUGUGAAAUUUGCUUUAAUUACAACGAUGGGAACGCGGAGUGACCCGACGGAAUCUUUGUUGCCCGAAACACGACUGGUGGAAGUGACUCAUGUGCGCCAGAGGUUUACCUGGGAUUGCGGCAUCGCGUGCGUCUCCAUGAUGCUGUACCCGGAACAGAGGAAAGACCUGCUCGGGAAUCUGCUGAAAAUCGCGGAAGAAGAAGGCUUCCAGAAAAGCACUUGGACUAUAGACUUGGCCUACUUGCUGAAGCGCUUCAACAUCCCGUGCCAGUUCAGAACGCUGACAAAAGGCGUUGAUCCCUCGUUCUCUUCAAAGUCCUUCUAUCAAACAUUCAUGAACAAGGAUCACCCGCGAGUGUUGCGGAAGUUCGAAGAAGCGGAGCAACAUGGCAUUGAUGUACAGCUCGAGUCAGUUCCCAUGGACACCAUUUUGCGACAUUUAAACAAACAUGGACCGGUUAUUGUAUUGACGAAUGCUCGCCUAUUGUAUUGCAAAAAUUGCGGCCAUAACGCUCCCAUGCGAAUGUUGAGGAACAUUUUUCCGACUGACGGAAAAGGCUUUGAUGGUCAUUACAUUACUGUCGUCGGGUAUAGUUUGAGAAACAGAAGGAUCUACUAUCGGAAUCCAGCCCUGAAAGAUGCUAUGGAAAAUCAAUUUGCCACCAUGUACAAUUUGCACGUCAUACCAGUCUAA